AUGUCUGAGGAAUUGCUAGCUCGCCUCUCCGCUUUGGAGGCUGAAAACGCUAAUCUGCGCGCCUCGCAAGUGCAGCCUAAUGCUACGUCCAUAUGCAGGGUUGCUAUAAAACUGCCACCAUUUUGGCCUGAUAGGGCAAACGUUUGGUUUGCUCAAGCAGAGGCACAGUUUUUGCUUGCAGGGAUUACCACGGAUGAGACCAAAUACAGUCACAUUCUCAGCAAAAUUGAUCAUCAAAUUGCUGGGGAAAUCGAGGACAUAGUGGCCAAUCCCCCGGCUCAGGACAAAUAUAAAAACUUAAAAAACACACUUGUCAAACGGUUUUCUUCAUCUGAAGAACAAAGGUUGAGGAAACUUCUCAGUGAGGAGGAACUUGGUGAUAGGAAACCAUCACAAUUCCUCCGUCACCUGAAAUCUCUUGCAGGGCCCACAUUUACCGACGACAACAUCCUUCGUCAGUUAUGGCUACGACGCUUACCUCAGCAUGUUCAAGGCAUCCUCGCCGCCCAGGCCGAUCUCGGUUUGGAGAGGAUCGCCGACAUAGCUGACUAA